AUGCUCGCCGUCCUCUACACUAGACAGUCCUACCUGAAUCCUACUCCUCAAUACCCCCGCAGAUCAUCGAAGAAGUCCUUCGAUUUCUCCAACGUGAUUUCCCGGUUCAAGGCUUCGCACAGUCACCUUUCGGGCAACUGUUCACCGGACAUGCCUAAGAAAGACGAGACCCCUCCCCCCAAACCACGCAAGAAGUCCUCCAGCACUCGAGCCAACUCAGACCUUGUAGUGAGACAAGUAUCAGGAACACACAGCAACGGACCCUCGUCAUCCCCAACUGUGGACAGUGGGGGAGGAAGUGAGGCCCAGAGCGCCUCUCAGAGAUCAUCGCCUUCGCCAAUCUCUUCGUCUCGCAAAUCCAAUCUAGCAGAUCGGCCUGCCCGCACCACCGAUUCAGGAACCGGUCGAAAUCGGACGAGUCCCGUGCCAGCCGCAUACAUCGACAAUUAUCUGGCAUACCGCAAGAAAGCAUUCAUCAAGGUCUUUAUGGAGAAGGUCUGCGAAUGGCUUGACGACAACGUCUGUCCCGGCGAGGAGGCGUACGAGCACGACGGGGACAGCCAGCCUGGCUCAAAGUCUUCUGGAUCUGGAGGCAUCAAGAUACGUGCUGUAGAAGGGCGCCCUGUCGCUGGUCAGAAGCGGCAACUUAAGGGGCGCGACCAAGAUGAUGAAGGCUCGGAGAACGACGAGAGCAAUGACCAGAAUCGCAAUAAGAAGCGCACAAAGACGGACGAAGACGACAACCGUCAAAAGUUUGCGUGUCCCUUCUAUAAACACGAUCCUGUCAGGUACAAGAGCCAUCGAACGUGCGUCGGACCUGGUUGGCACGAGAUUCAUCGGAUGAAGGAGCACAUCUACCGCAAACAUAAAUUGUUUGCCUGCACUAGGUGUUUCGAAGCCUUCAAGAGUGACAAGCUACUUCUAGACCACCAAAGAGCAGAUGUUGCUUGCCCUGUGCGAGACAAGAAAACGCACAAGCCAGACCCGGGCGCAGGUAUAGACCAGGAGACGGAGAAACACCUCAGAGCGCGCACCGUCAGCAAGAAGGACGAUGUCGGCAAGUGGUACGAAGUAUAUUACAUCCUAUUCCCAGGAAUGCAAGACGUGGAUAACGCUCCUAGUCCUUGGUACGACGAUACGGCAGGCGACUCCGACUCUCAAGGUCUGAAGCGACAGUAUGUUAAGUUCUUGCGACGUGAGAUGCCCAACAUGAUCCAGCGCGAGCUCGAGAGCGAGCUCAACCGCCACUUCGAGGGCUUUGAGGACGGUAUCAUGGAUCGCCUCGUGACCUGGAUCCGGACCUCCUCGGCCAAGUGUGCCAACAUCUUUGAGAACAUACCCUCGCCCUCGCAAGCGGCGGCCCUGGGUGAUCCAGAGAACGUGCGAUCCAGGUCCCGGGCGGCCUCGCCAGCGGACCCCGAAACGGACUUGACCGUUGGCGUCGGUGCCGGUGUGGAGCCUUGGGGUUAUGGAUAUCCCGAUUUCGACUGGCGAGGCAGCCCCAGCUUUGACCAGUACAACAACCCCUUCAGCUUCCUGUCGUCGGACGACCAAUGCUUGACGGACUUUGACUCUGCUUACGUUACUGGCAGCAUCGAGGACUCGUCUGGAGCUCGGCAGAAUUACAUACACUUCACCUGCGGCGGCGUCGUCAGGAUCGGCCAGGCUGUGAUUGUAAAAGAUGGGAUAUCCUCGUGGAGGUACCGAUAUUUCGGAGACUUUUCGAACCUGGCCAUCUCUACCAAGCCGCCGAGCGGAGCCUAUCUCGGCGCUGAACUUCAGCCUCUUUUUGGUACGUUCCCCCAGACACCUCCUGGCACUUCAGAUGAGUUGGCAAUUGUCGAGUUUCUUCGGGGGGCGUGGACAACUUUGGCCAAGUACACCUCCUCUGGUUCACUUUCCUAUACUGGCGGGUGGCCGGUCUAUGAUCCCGCUCAGCUGAUCGUUACACAAACUGCACGCGAUAACCAGAGGGGAUCAAACCUGGAUUCUUUCAAUAUCAAGUAG